UGUUCGCUUGUGUCUUGACGACGAGUUUGCCCGAGUUGGGUGUCCGUCACCGAACAGGGAAGGUCUAUGUUUGUCAGAGUGGAGAGUACACUGUACUAGUUUGCUGUUCGCGUUUCUCAGUAGUUAACCCUAAAAUUUAACUAAAAAGUCUCCCGAUUCGACCAGUUCGACGCCAUGGACCCCGCCAGCCAAGAUAUCAACCUGAACUCUCCUAACAAGGGUCUUGGUGUGGAUCGUUCAGACAGCCUGUCAGAUGCGUCUGCUGAAGGAGCAGUGGGGAGCUCAGUCAGCUCUCUGCCACCCGGCCUGUCAGAGGCAGAGGCUGAGGAGCUACGCAGCGAGCUCCUGAAGGUAGAGGAGGAGAUCAGCACCUUGCGCCAGGUGUUGUCAGCCAAAGAGAGACACGCAACAGAGUUGAAGAGGAAACUGGGCCUCAGCCCGCUUGAUGAGCUCAAACAGAACUUCAGCAAGGGCUGGCAGGAAGUACAGACCUCCAACGCAUUUCUGUCUGCCUCUGCCACUUUGGAUGACAUAGCCCGCUCUGAAGCGUAUAAGAAGACUCAGGAGACUCUUUCCAAGGCAGGACAGACGACCAGUGCAGCCUUCUCCACAGUGGGCACCGCCAUCAGCAGGAAACUGGGAGACAUGAGGAAUUCUGCAACCUUCAAAUCAUUUGAAGACAGAGUUGGAAACCUCAAGUACAAGGUGGUUGGAGCCAGAGGAAAUGGAGAGGCCAACGGCUCUCCGACCGACUCCAGCCCUGCUCAGGACAAAGCACCCUUCUGAAUGCACCUUGCCUCCUUAACCCCCUCUGCCUCCUUCCUCACGACCCAAGACUGUACUGUUAUCGCCUCAAACAUUCGCCUUUUGACCUUUCACCUCCACAACUCAUCACUCAAUCAACUCCCCCCUCCCUUCCACCAAGGUCUAUAAAUAACGAGGUUGACAGGCAGGAUUAAACAACAACCCCCCGACCCACCCACCUAUUAUAGGAUGACUUAGGACCAGCACGUCACGAGACAAGCAUGUCCCAAAAAUAAAAAUUAUUGACUGCUGGUCCCACAGUCACUUCACCUUCAUGUUGUUGUAAACAAAACUUUGUUUUGUCAUUGUUGUCUAUACCGGAGUAAUUUAUAGACCUUGCCUCCCUACCACCUCGUCACAACACCACCUUCUGCAUCUACUUCCUCCUUGGUUAGGUCCCACCUGUGUCAAAUCAGCAAGCUUGGCCUUUACACAUUUUCGUAACCAGGUUGUUGUUAAGUCGCCUGGUUAAACAAAGGCAUUGAAAACAUUAACAUGUCAGUGGGCUCCUUAGCUUAAUCACCCUGAGAUCCUAAAGAGAACUGUAUUCUCGUGCAACCCAGGGUCGUUGAAUGAUAUUUUCUAUAGGAAGCCAGUAAAAAACAAAGAUGAGAAAAAAAUUUGGGGUCUUAAUGCACAGUUACAGAAUCCAGGAUAUUUAUAGGAUUUGAAAAUUAUAAGCAGCUUGUCUGUCCAUAUAAAUAAGUGAAAUAAUAUUUACUCAUGCCUAUUCUAUCAGCUCUGCUCUGUGCAUUCGUGUUCUGUGCAGCUCCAGAGAUCAGGUGCCAGAAGCCUACUGCCAUCAGUUUUGUAUAGAGACAUUUUGGGGUUUGACUGUAGAUGAGGGACCCGUACAAGAAGAAACCUUAGGCCUGCUACUGCUACACACGUGCAUAUCUCAUCUCAUCUGUAAAACACUCACCACGCCGCCAUGAUGACCACGGUCUCGUGUUACACAACGCCACAGGACAUGGGAGGGGAAAAACCCAUUUUGUAUUAUAAACUAUUUUACACUGCUUUGCAUAAUGUUUUUACAUAACUUUUAUCUAUGUAUAAAUCUAUAUGAAUAAACUCUAUUGUACCUGAUGCUGUUGACGCAGGCAGUUACCGGGUUGGUAGGUAAACGGGGAUGGUGAGACUUAAGAUACAGGGAAUACAAAGGCACACUAUGGGUCAGUUUCACUGACAUGACAAGCCUUUUCUUGAGACUUAAAGGGAGGGUGUUCCCCUGAUGGAGAUUUACUUUUGGCAUUUCUAUGAAGUCGAAGAAAUGUUUUAGUCUUGAGUUUGAAACCAACUUUAGACAUGUAGAUAGUCCUGCAGCUGUUUUGUACCCAUUUGGGCACCAAUUCCAGUCAGAAAAAGGUAGAAGUUGGAUUACAAUUGGUUUCGGGUGAGAGAAAAAAAAAAGAGGCGGUGCAACCCCAAGUGCACCCAAAGGGUUAAAGAACACGUUCGUUCAGACUACUUAAAUGGGGAAUUUGUAACCCUGGUUUGGCUGCAGUUGCCCCCUUUUUUAACACAACCCCAAUAUGAGAUGAUGCUUUGCUGUGUACACUACUUGGCGAAUGUUGAUGCUUCUCUAUUGGCCUUACUCAUUUUAAGCAUUUCAUCAGUUUAUCAUGGUUUACCUUGUAGAAAGUAUUUCCCUUUUCUGUUUCUGUCUCCUAAAGUUGUAUAGAUAAGGUCAAUAGAAGUAAGGAAGGAAGGAAGGGAUUAGCAUGUCUUGAUGUGUAGGGUCAGUAGCUUGCUACUUGCAUCUAAAACUGUCAACUGGAAAAAAAAUGUUUGCUGCCAUGGUGAAAAAAUUCAAGCUACAACACGCGCGGACACACACACACACACACACACACACUGAGGCCCUUAUUUACUUCUUUCAAACCUGAUCUUUGACCUAUAUCAUUGUACUAGGUCAAGGUGUGAAGAUGACGGAAGUCUAACUUUGUGUUCUUCACAACAUAUUAAAAUGUUCAUGUUUCUUUAAAGCAGGUCAUUUUUCCCCCCCGAAGGCUGAAUUUUCAUCUUUUUUUUUUCUUCUUUUUUUUUUUAAACGAGGAAAAAUAAUUUGCAGAAGCCAGUCAAACACGGCUCAUACAUGGGUGUCACUCAAUGCACGCAGACACACACACAUAUACAAACACUCCCUGAAUGCAAACAUCACCUGAUUUUACAGUCUGGUGUUCAGCCAAACGUAGUCACCCUUUGCCAAUGUCCUACUCGCCUCCGUGGACUUGGCCUGCCUCUUGGCCUGCCUCCACGCUCGCAUGCACAAACACAAAAUGAACACCUAAUAUAAUAUAUUUAAGUUUUGUAACUUACAACUUGGCCAACAAAAAAAACAAAAUAGUGACAUUAAAACCUUAUAAAGCGGUAAAUAUGAUGGUAGCACAGUCACUUUUUUUUUAAUAACCAAUGAAGUUACAAUAUUUUUUUUUUCUGUGUUUUUCAAGAGAUGGGACGCUCACUCUCUGCCUUCUGUUUCUGUCCAAGGUUGGCGAUACAAGGGCAACAGGCUCUAAGGUGUCUGACAUGGUUGGAUGUUGGAGCAGGGGAUAACUUGGUGCAAGAAACGAAGGACUCCACAUUUACAUGAUCAAUAUUACUUUAACAAGUACUGUUUCUCAAAUUGUUGGGUUAUACAACGGGUUCUGCAACAUUUUCGAGGCAGUGGUCUGUAAUAGCCAUAUUUCCACCCCAGUCAUUUUGCUCCUCCAAGUCAAAUGCUUUAAAGUGGCAGCAAAUUUAAAACUAUCGCCCCAAGUGGAAGUAGGAUUACCAUAUCAGACAAAAUAUAGCGGGCUCUGAACUGAGAAGUACAUGAUGUAAGUAAACUGUUCCAGUCAAACAGAAUCUCCAACUGAGACUGCUGCAAAGAUGUCACUAUCACCACCCAAGUGUUUCCUUUUUCUUUGUUUUGUUUCCAUUGUGUUUGUGUUGUUUCUUCUGGAAUUACUAUUGCUGGUAGAUGUGGUAUUUAGAUACUUUUUAUCUUUUGGCUUCUUCCUUUUUGGGUGAGGAGGAGUUUGAGAGGGAUUAUUGUUUGUAUAUUACAGUUGCCAUCAGUUGAAUUUUGCCAAGAUUUAUGUACCUGUUACAAAACCUCUGUUUUCCCUUCACUGAAUCUUUAUGCUGCAGCAAGAUGAAGAUGCAGAAACGCGCUGCAAGAAAAGUCAGACUGAAAUGAGUCACUUCAUUUGGCAUUGGUCUAAAAUAAGUGGGGGGGGGGGGAUGAAGGAAUUUGACUAGCAAUGCAUUUUCACUCCAAAGUCCCUUUUUUUGAAACAAGUGUAAAAUUAUGUCGGAAACAUGGUGGGACUUCUCUCCUCACUGGCAUUUCCCCCCACUAGUUUUAAUGGCGGGUCACUUUAAAGACUGAACACUGUGAUGAAGUGAUUUCUUAAGCCUGACUGUUUUUGCGCGUGUGGCAUGCUGCAUAUACAAAGUUAAGAAUCUGAUGGUGGAUUAAGCCUAAAGGGUAGUAAUUGUAGCCUACUUUUGUUUUUGGGUGCCAAUGAGAAGCAAAACAAACGGCAUAUUUAAUGCUGGCCAUUGCAGAGGAUGGGAGAUUGUUAGAGGUCAUACUAUAGCUUUACUUAGGUCUUUGGCCUAGUUGAUGUAGAAUAUCAAAAGGGAUCAGAUUUGGAGGACAGCAGUGAGUAAAUGAAAGACAUUUUGUUUUGUUGUAUGUGUUUGGAUAUCAAUAAAGCAUUCCUUUAAAUGAAACCCGUUUCAUAGUGGUUC